AUGGCUGCCUCUUCUUCGUCAUCAUCCCCACAAAUAAUUCAUCUCUGCUUUGGCGGAUAUGGUUUUACCAUGUUCAUGUUUCGUGUGAAAGAAUUGAAUCUUUUAAGUUUAGAUUGCAAAUUAUACUUUCUCAAGGUGGGUAUAGAAGGUCUCUAUUCAUACCUUUCAAGGAGAGAUCUGCUACCAAAGGAGAUUGAUGUACAUGAGCUUGCUGCCGAACCCGAUUCAUCUUUUGAGUUGGAUCUGCUUGGCACUUUCCACUGCGAUAUACACAAUAUCAUCCUAAGGAAACUCAACCAGCCGAGUUCUUUCACUGUCUGUGACCAUGCUAUGGCUAAUAUCAUUCUAAAGAUCUUUGGUCCUCUUACCAUAGUGGCGAUACACAUUGAUGAGCCUCGCUCCAAUGAAAAAGUCCGCGCUUAUAGAGCCCGAGACGUUAAGCGUACAAUAGCCGAUGCAAAGCUCGAUACACUCAUAGCCAACAUGAAGACCAAGUCAGAAGGCCAAUUUGUCCAUUCAAUCAAUAUUUUCUUCGGUGGGAUUCAAACGCAGGCUUUGAAACAACCAACCGCUGAAAGGUUCCUUCAUUACCAUGACAGGACCUUGGCAGCGAUAUCCGCUAAGUACCAACCUCAACCCAGAUUCUUUAAACCUAAACGCGCAAAGCCGGAUCACUACCUACCCGUUUUCCCUACUGAGAAAAGAGAACUCUUCCCCAAAAAAUAUGACCUAACCAACUGUAAAUAACAUAACUGUCCCGUCAGCUCCGACCAUCAAAGAAAGCCCAAGAAAAAAAAGGAAAAGAAAGAGGAUGAGAAAGAAGAGGAGGUUAAGGAGGAAAAGAAGAAAAAAAAGAAGAACAAAGGGAAGGCCAAGUAUAUCAGAAAGACUGAUAAAACCAGGAAAGUGAAGGAUACUACUACCGAGGAUCCACUGUUGCAUUAACUCUGGGCACGUUAAAGAUGUAUAUAGUUGCCAAGUUGAACUCUACUUCCGAUCCCAAUCUCAAUUCCGAGCAACUUGCUGCUACAAUUCAAGGGCUCAUUCAACCAUUUAUCAAAAUG